UAUUCCUUGACUCCACCCUUAAGCAUUGCCUGUGCUUUUUUUUUGUUUCUGUCGAGCAACGCGGUCGUUCCUGUCGAAAAUGGAUAACUCCUCUCAACUUUGCAAACUUUUUGUUGGUGGAUUGAACGUAGAUACCGACGAUGAUGGGCUCCGCAAGCAUUUUGAGCAGUACGGUCAACUAACGGACUGCGUUGUGGUUGUGAAUAAGCAGCUACAGAGGUCCCGCUGUUUUGGCUUUGUAACCUACUCGAGCGCUGAGGAGGCAGAUGCAGCAAUGGCGGCAAGGCCACAUGUCGUUGAUGGCACCAACGUGGAGUUGAAAAGAGCGGUCGCUCGUGAAGAUGCCGGUAAACCCGAGGCACUCGCCAAGGUCAAGAAAAUAUUCAUCGGGGGCCUGAAAGACGACAUCGAAGAUGAACAUCUGAAUGAGUAUUUUUCCCAGUUCGGCGAGAUCGAGAAGGCCGAAGUUAUCGCAGAGAAGGAAACCGGAAAGAAAAGAGGGUUUGGGUUUGUUCACUUCACAGAUAACGAUUCGGCCGAUAAGGCAGUGGUGCUGAAGUUCCACAACAUCAAUGGGCACAAGGUGGAGGUGAAGAAAGCCCUCACAAAGCAGGAGAUGCAGGCUACAGGCCGCGGCGGAAGGGGAGGAAGAGGCAUGAGAGGAGGACAAAAUGGCUUCGGAGGCGGCAGAGGUGGUUACGACAGCUACGGGGGUGGUUUCGGUGGGGGCUACGGGGGCAGUGCUGGUGGCUAUGGCGGUGGCUACGGAAGUGGAGGCUACGGCGGGGCCUAUGGGGGAGGCGCAAGCUACGGAGGUGGCUACGGCGACCAGAUGGGAGGUUAUGGUGGCGGCAAUGGCUACAGUGACUUUGGCAGUGGGUACAGCCAGCAGUCCUCCGGUUAUGGGCCCAUGAAAAGCGCCACCAACUACGCUGGUAGGAGCCCUGCUCCCUACGCCCCCCGAGGCGGUGCAGGUGGCUACAGCAGAGGGGCGUAUGGCGGCUACUAAACCGGUGGCUACGACAGACUAUUUGAAAAUACAUCUCCACACAUACCCGUCUGAUCAUCAAGCCGUACUCAAAAUUCAGUCCACGGGCAUUUGGCAAAAUGCGGACACUGAGACCAAAUCAUUUAAGAAGACCUCAAAACCAAACAGGUAGCCAUGGUGACCUGGCUGCCAGGAAACCAAUCUGGCAACGACUUGGCUACAUCAAGACCGGUGGUGGGGGGCACAGCUAAAGCUGUCCCACUGCCGCAGGUGUUUUGGAAUACCAGGACCAUGUGCGACCAUGUGCCCAUAUAAAAUCUGGUUGCAGUGGCCAGCAGCUAUCUACUUGUGUCAAGUCAAUCUAGGUGGUUGGUGUAAUUGACUUCUUUGGUUCUCUUACCCUUUGUAGGAAGACUGGUGUGAAUGUUAGCUCGUGUAACUAUGGAAAAAUGGACACUGCAUUGUUGGCCUUGCCAUGCUAUGUAUUCAUCACUUGAAUAUAAAAAAAAAGUUUUAAAUUGGAAAAUGUACAACUGGUUUGAAGAACAUUGUGUUGAAUGGGAGUUAUAGCCUAGGGCUUGCACUCUUUACUCAAAUGUUUGCAAAUAACAAUUAGUUACUCUUAACUUGUUAAUUCAAGUUAGCUUCUACAUAUUUUAGAGAAGGUAGCCAAUUUGUUUUGAGCAUUUCUUUCUGUGUAUUGUCCCUUUGCAGCUGACCAUGUUUAGUAAUGUUUGCAAUAAAACGAGUAUCUAUUCACAGUA